AUGUAUACAUACAACAAAUUUGGCUUACGCUCAUCUUCUUCCUCUUCAUCGAUAUCAUCUAUAGCAAAUUCUGUCUCAGUGGUGACUAAACCGCCAACUUCAAGGGCUACAUCUAGUUCAUCACUUAGGCUGAAGAUUGCGCAGGAUAAAGCUCAAAGGGAGGAAGACACUUUCGUCUCAUCUGAUUCUAGUACCGUUGCUGCUACAACACCUGCACUGAUUGAUUACACGAAUCACUAUAUCCAUACCGGUGAGCAUUCAACCAAAUUCAUACGCAAUGUGGAGAAUCCAUUUGAUGGUUACCCAAAACUCGAAAAGUUGCAUCAGUUGAAAAGACAACAAAUUCAAAAACAUGCAACAAAAGCAUAUGGUGUUCGCUGCUCUACAGAUAAGAUUGUCCCUACAUUGAACAAAUGGAUCGAUAAACAUGAACUUAAGUUUAAUGUGAUUAUGAUUGGGGCAUUAGUGGAAAACCAAUUUAUUUUACCAUUAUUGAAUAAAUUACCAAUCCACAAACUUUGUUCAAAGCCCGGAUUCUUAUUCAUUUGGUCUACUGCUCAAAAGAUACAAGAAUUAACCACAUUGUUGAACAACGACAAUUUCAACAGAAAAUUUAGACGUUCCGAAGAGUUAAUUUUUUUACCAAUUGAUGAGGAUUCGCCAUACUACCCAAAACAAACAGACUCGAUGUAUGAAAAGUCUGUUUUGGAAAAACAGCAAUGGCAUUGCUGGAUGUGUAUCACAGGUACAGUAAGAAGAUCAACGGAUAAUGACUUGAUUCAUUGUAAUGUUGAUACCGAUCUACAAAUCGAGUCACCAUCGCUUACAUCUCCAUCAUCGCCUAAACCACAAGGUAAAAAUGCGUGUCCUGAACAAAUAUACAAAGUGGCUGAAAAUUUUUCAAACUCAAACAGACGCUUGCACAUAAUACCUUCUAGAUUGGGGUAUGACACGCACAUUAAGUUACGACCAGGAUGGAUCAUUAUGGGACCAGAUGUGCUAGUCAAUAAUUUCAAGCCAGAAGAAUACAAAGAGGAAUUGGUAAAAAAAUCCAUAGUAAAGUACAAACAAUUUGGCAGUGGUGGUAGUAAUGGUUUUGGCAGUAUUGGGGACGGUAACGGACGUGGAAUCAAUGAGAUCAAUGGAGCAAAAACAAAAAGUGUUUGUCCACCUCCUACAGCUCAAUACUUGGUACCUCAAACUAAUGAGAUCGAAGAUUUGAGACCUAAAAGUCCUGGUGUUAUGGUAAAAAGUAGCUAA